UUGACAUUUGACGCAACGUAUUGAGAUCCCGAAAUAAAUGUGAUCCCGCCUUCUGCCCUCCACUUGCACAAACACCUCGACAACACCCGCGCUCCAACGUGACUUGGCCUGAUACACUCGACAUGUAUCACCACAACACGGCGCAGCCGCCUCCGGGCGCCAAUAUGGGCCCUGCUCCCGCACAGGCGCAGACUGCACAGGCUGAGGGCGAACCACAAGGCCAGCAACAGCAAGGCCCGCCGCAAGGUCCGCCGCAAGGACAACCGAUGCGACCACCGCAAGCUCCGUUCCAGUUGGCGCCAGGUCAACAGCCCACGCCCGAGCAGAUUCAGAUGAUUCAGCAACAAAUCGCUGCCGAGGCGGAGAAGCACGGCUUGACGGUGCCCGAAUACGUCGAGCGCAUGAAAGCCCAGAUGAUGGCACAGGCACGCAUGCAGGCACAGCAACAGCAGCAGCAGCAGGGCGGACAACCACCACAAUCAGAGGCAGAGCAGCGACAUAGACAAGGGCCACAAGGCGCACAGCCAGGACAGCAAGUUCCUAUUCAGCCUGGUCCACCGAAGCCAGAGGCAAUUGCCAUGGCUACCUUUUUGCAGUCGCAGGAUCUGAAGAAUCGCACGUGCAUCUUCAACGAGCAGAGGAAGGACAUGUUCAAAGUCAAGCGUGCGAUUCGCGCGAUCCAGAGCGAGGCGUACCAGAAGGCUCGUAAGAAGAACCCUCUGCUGCCCGAGGUCAAGGAUCGUGUGACUGCCGAGAAUGCCUUCAAGCUGCUUCCACUGUCACUCCUUGCCCUCCGCGUAUCUAAAGUCGACGAGAAUGCUGGUCACGAAGGUCACAACCAUGCAAAGAAGAAGCGAGUCAAGGGACUGUGGACAGUCAAGGUUGAGCCACAACAGGAAGCUGCCGAUGAGUACUACUACGUCUGGCUGUAUCAGAGCACUGCCGCCCAGUGGAAGAACAAGCUCUAUGCUGCUCUUGCGCUCAUCGGUAUCCUCGCUGUCGUCUUCUUUCCAGUCUGGCCCUACACGUUGCGCAUUGGUGUCUGGUACCUUAGUAUGGGAAUGCUGGGUCUGCUUGGUCUCUUCUUCGGCAUGGCGAUUUUCCGGCUAAUCCUCUUCCUGAUCACAUUCUUCACUGUCAAGCCUGGUCUCUGGCUGUACCCGAAUCUCUUCGAGGAUGUUGGUUUCUUCGACUCGUUCCGACCGGUCUGGGCAUGGCAUGAGAGUGAGAAGGAUAUGAAGAAGCGAAAGAAGGCGGAGCGGACAGCAAAGAAGGCACGCAGAGAAGCUAGAGCGCGUGGUGAGCUGCCACCGUCUAGCAAGAAGAGCAAGCAGAAACAAGUCGAGGCAAAUGCACAGGCAGCGCCUGCAGUGCCAGAGCCUGCUCAGGGGGUGGUGGAAGCGACACAAACCGCUGCCACAGGCGCUGAAUCUGCGCCGGCUGAGGGACUGCAGCAGAGGCAUGUGCAGCCGAGGGUUGCGAGCGUGGAAGAGGAUGAAGAAGAGUAGCAUAAUUUUGGCACAGCGACGGCGUUAAUGGUUACGAAGGACUUUUUCAGCGGCAGGAGAUGUAUCACACGACACGGCGCUAUCACGAUUCUUGUGUUGUCGUUUGAUAGUUCAACCCCAACUUCAGCGAUUGGCAGACAUAACUUUGGUAUG